GAUCUUAUGAUCUGGAGCUAGAAUAUAAGGCUGCCCUCUUUGUAAAAAAUUAACCAACAUACUAAAGCAAGAUACAUAAACUGGAUUUAAGCUCCUGCGAAAGCACAUUUCAGAAGCAACCAUGUCUGAUUUUACUAAUGCCAGUGAAUAUGAAAAGCAGUUUGAUCCAAGGCUGUAUUUGGAAACAUAUUUUCAUUUAGGAUCAGGAAGUCUUGCAGAUGAUUUCUUGAGGUUCACUCUCGGAAAUUUCCACAAGAUUUUUACAGAAGGUCAAGUGAAGGGAACAACACUUAUUGAUAUUGGGACUGCUCCCUCCAUAUACCAGCUACUGUCUGCCUGUGAAUACUUUCAAGAUAUUACUGUCACAUGGUACACUAACAGAGAACUGCAAGAACUGCAGAAAUGGCUGAAUAAAGACCAAGGAGCAUUUGAUUGGUCUUCGAUAGUAAAACAUGUUUGGGAACUUGAGGGUAAAAGCGGAAUGCUGGAAGAAAAGGAAAAUAAACUAAGAGAAAGGAUUAAGCAGGUUUUACUGUGUGAUGUUAGCAAGAGUAAUCCAUUGGAGCCUGUUACAUUGCCAAAAGCCGACUGUCUCAUAUCAACUGUAUGUCUAGAAGCCGCCUGCCGCAAUUAUGAUUCUUACAGAACGGCACUGAAGAACCUUUCUACACUGCUCAAACCAGGUGGUCAUCUGCUGAUGGCUGGAGAUUUAGGAGCCAAUUACUAUGAGGUGGGCUCGAAUAAAGUCUUCUCUCUACCUGUAAAUGAGACAUUCCUGCAGAAAGCGGUGAAUGAGAGUGGCUAUGUUGUCAAUAAGCUGGUGUCUUUCGGGAAGCCAGAAGAUGCUGGAUAUGAUACUUCAGAUUAUGAAGGAUUUUACUUUAUUCAUGCACAGAAAUGCUAGUUUGGUUAAAUCAAAUGAUAAACAAACUGCAUAGCUUUCUUUUAUUGCUUACUGUUGUUAAAUUUUAAUUGCAGUAUUGUCUUUGAGUCUUACAUUUUUUCCUUGGCUUAUCAGAUUCUUCAUUGAUUUUAUACACUUGCUAAAAAUGAUUAGAAUAAAAGUCAUAUAUACAUUG